AUGAGAGCUGUACAAGUAUUCUUGGCCAUUUUAUUUGUCGCCGUGGCCGCGGCCGACGUUCAGCCAAUUGAGCCCUUCAAGAGCUAUCCCAACUCCUGCAAGGCAGCCAAGGCCAAGAAGGAUGGCAUCCGCAAGCUUCAGCUUAACAGCGGUGCACCCUUCCAAGUAUUCUGUGAUGCCAAAACUCCUGGAGCUGGCUGGGGUUGGUUGGUUAUUCAGCGACGUGUGGAUAACAGAGAGAACUUCUUUAGAAGCUGGUCCAACUAUCAGCAGGGCUUUGGUGACUUGGCCGGCAAUUACUUCAUUGGCCUAGACUUGCUCAAUGAGCUGACUUCUGAUCAGCCUCAGGAGCUUUGGGUUGAGCUGCUGGAUUAUUCGGGACAGACUCGUUACGCUCAUUACGACAAUUUUGCCGUUGGCAACGAGUCUAAUCUCUACACGCUGAACAAGCUGGGACUCUACACGGGCAAUGCUGGCGACGCUUUGAGAUACCAAGAGAACAUGAAAUUCAGUACCUUUGAUCGUGAUAAUGACAUGAGCCCAAAGAAAAAUUGUGCAUCGGAGCUGUCUGGUGCUUGGUGGUAUAACGACUGCAUGACCAGCAAUCUGAAUGGUCUAUAUUUGGGCGGUGAGUACGGCAAUGAUCUGACUGGUCGCGGCAUGGUCUGGAAGGAGUGGCUGGGCGACAACUACAGCUACAAGACUGUGAAAAUGAUGAUACGUCCCAAGGCUUAGAUGUACAAAGCAAACGAAAAAAAAACAUUUUAUUAAAUUUUAAUAAUUGUUAAAAAGUUACUCAGUAUCAUUUAUCAUCAUAUGAGCGGCUACCGCGAAAUGUUUAUGAACAUAUUGAAGCUAAGCUAUGGAUAUGCAUUAUGAAUUUUAAUUUAAAAAUCAUUACAAUUAAUAAGUUGGCUUUUGAAAGUU